CAACAGAGGAAGCGACCUCGAAACCCCCCGUUUCACGCCGCAUUCUUCCACUCCAACCUAAUUUUUCACACAAUCCCCACUUGCUUGUCCAGUGCAAAUCGCUGACACACUCUUUCAACCUCGAAACCUCCCUCAUUAACGUGUGCCUCCGACCAGGCACGUCAUCUGCGCGCCAAGUUCAGCGCGGCAAGAACCCCCCUCACAAGAAGCCUCACAACACAAACAGCGAUACCCACAGUUUCACCUUCCACGGCGUCCUGUUACUGCAGUCAUGGAUACUAAUAUGGAGGAUGUCAAGAUGCCUGAGCCCAUGCAGCUAUCGUCAAUCCCGCUCACCGAGCCCGCGUCCAUUCCAACGCUAGACGGUUGGAUUGAGGGUCUUAUGAACUGCAAGCAGUUGCCUGAGAGUGAUGUACAGAGACUGUGCGACAAAGCCCGUGAGGUACUUCAGGAGGAGUCUAACGUACAGCCAGUGAAAUGCCCUGUCACUGUGUGCGGAGACAUACAUGGCCAGUUCCACGAUUUGAUGGAGCUGUUCAAGAUUGGCGGUCCUAAUCCUGAUACCAACUAUCUCUUCAUGGGUGACUACGUUGACCGUGGUUAUUUCUCCGUUGAGACGGUGACCCUCCUUGUUGCUCUCAAGAUUCGAUACCCCCAACGCAUUACAAUCCUACGAGGGAAUCACGAGUCUCGCCAGAUCACUCAAGUUUAUGGCUUCUACGACGAAUGUCUUCGGAAAUACGGAAAUGCGAACGUCUGGAAGUACUUCACAGACCUGUUCGACUAUCUGCCGCUUACUGCCCUGAUUGACAACCAGAUCUUUUGUCUCCACGGCGGGCUUUCCCCUAGCAUUGAUACCCUGGACAAUAUUCGUGCGCUUGACAGGAUACAAGAGGUACCGCACGAAGGACCGAUGUGCGAUCUGCUCUGGUCAGAUCCUGACGAUAGGUGCGGCUGGGGUAUCUCUCCUCGUGGCGCUGGUUAUACGUUUGGGCAGGACAUCUCAGAGGCCUUCAACCAUAACAACGGCUUGACCCUGGUGGCAAGAGCUCAUCAGCUCGUGAUGGAGGGGUACAAUUGGUCUCAGGAUAGAAAUGUGGUGACCAUCUUCUCUGCACCAAACUAUUGUUACAGGUGUGGCAACCAAGCGGCAAUCAUGGAGAUUGAUGAGCAUCUGAAGUACACUUUCUUGCAGUUCGAUCCUUGCCCUCGAGCUGGAGAGCCGAUGGUAUCUCGCAGGACUCCAGACUACUUCCUUUAGACAGCAUCUCUGGCGCUCAAAUCCUCCUGCAUAGCGUGGUAGACUGUACAUAGCAUCAGCCUAUCGAACGACCCACAAAAGGUCUCGCUACUGCAUGUCUAAGAUUUGUCUUCAACUGGCGUGAGGGACGUCUCCUGCAAGGCCCACCUCUUGCCUUGUCCAACAACACAUUAAAUGUUGAGUGAGAUAAGGAUAAUUACGGAGAUCACGCAAGCUGAAGGCGGUCUGCAGACCACAAAACGUAGGCCCGAUCAUUAGACUGUUAAAGAU